UGAGGGGCGGGGAAAAUGUCUGAGCGGCGGAGAGGAGGCGGAGGCAGAGGAGAGGCGGCCUCGGAGGCGGCAACGGCGGGGCCAGCAGCAUCGUCCGCGGGGGUGGCGGCGGCGACGGCGGGAGCGGAGAUGCCGGCGAAGAAGCAGAAGCUGAGCAGCGACGAGAACAGCAACCCGGGGGACCUGUCCGGCGACGAGAACGAUGAUGCUGUUAGCAUAGAGAGUGGUACUAACACUGAACGCCCUGACACCCCUACAAACACCCCCAAUGCUCCAGGAAGAAAAAGCUGGGGGAAAGGAAAAUGGAAGUCAAAGAAAUGCAAAUACUCCUUCAAAUGUGUAAACAGCCUCAAGGAAGACCAUAGUCUGCCAUUGUUUGGGGUACAGUUUAACUGGCACAGCAAGGAAGGCGAUCCCCUGGUGUUUGCUACCGUUGGCAGUAACAGAGUUACUUUAUAUGAAUGCCAUUCGCAAGGAGAAAUACGGUUGCUACAGUCUUACGUGGAUGCCGAUGCAGAUGAAAACUUUUAUACUUGUGCAUGGACCUAUGAUAGCAAUACAAGCCACCCCCUUCUGGCUGUGGCUGGAUCAAGGGGCAUUAUUAGGAUAAUAAAUCCCAUUACAAUGCAGUGCAUAAAGCAUUAUGUGGGCCAUGGCAACGCAAUCAACGAAUUGAAAUUUCAUCCCAGGGAUCCAAAUCUUCUCUUGUCUGUGAGCAAAGAUCAUGCAUUGAGACUGUGGAACAUUCAAACAGACACUUUGGUUGCAAUAUUUGGAGGAGUAGAAGGGCACAGGGAUGAAGUUUUAAGUGCCGAUUAUGACCUCCUUGGUGAAAAAAUUAUGUCUUGUGGCAUGGAUCACUCCCUGAAACUCUGGCGAAUCAAUUCAAAGAGAAUGAUCAAUGCAAUCAAAGAGUCCUAUGAAUACAAUCCCAAUAAAACCAACAGGCCGUUUGUUUCUCAAAAAAUUCACUUUCCUGACUUCUCCACCAGAGAUAUACAUAGAAAUUAUGUCGACUGUGUGCGAUGGCUAGGAGAUCUGAUACUUUCCAAGUCGUGUGAAAAUGCCAUUGUGUGCUGGAAACCGGGCAAAAUGGAAGAUGACAUAGAUAAAAUAAAGGCCAGCGAGUCUAAUGUGACCAUUUUAGGACGAUUUGAUUACAGUCAGUGCGAUAUAUGGUAUAUGAGGUUUUCAAUGGAUUUCUGGCAAAAGAUGCUGGCAUUGGGCAAUCAAGUUGGCAAGCUCUAUGUCUGGGACUUAGAAAUAGAAGAUCCUCAUAAGGCCAAGUGUACAACUCUUACUCACCCAAAGUGUGCUGCUGCCAUUCGACAAACCAGCUUUAGCAGAGACAGUAGUAUCCUUAUAGCUGUAUGUGACGAUGCCAGUAUCUGGCGCUGGGACAGGCUCCGAUAAGUUACUUACAACUUGAGAAUUACAAAAUUAUGAAUUGCUUUUUGUGUCAAGGAUAAUUAGCUGAUUUGGUAGUACUGUAACUGCUUUCAGAGUAGCCCCCCCCCCAUCAGUUGAACUUCGCAAUGUUUACAUUUGGUUUUUGAUAACAUUGCCUUGUUCAGAAGCUGCUGCUUUUUAAUAAAAAUAUUUUUGUACGUUU